AUGAAGCUUUCGGUGUUGAUGCUUGCUGCGCUUGCUGCUGCACGCGGCGAUAUGCAUUUCAAAGAGAUGAACAAAGAUGAGGAGACUGCUGUUUCCCAAGAGCAACAUCAGUUCUCGCAGGAAGACAACGUGAAGCAUGGAGCAGCUGUUGCAAGAAGCUUGUUGAUGAAGGAACGCAAUUUGCAUUUGAACACGCUGGACAGAAACACUGGUGUGCCAGUCUCGUUCGUGGAAUAUUUUGUGGGCUCCGACGACUGUCCUGACGUAGAAUUUUCGAACAAUGGUAACCUGAUUUUACUUUUGCUUGAAAUGAGCUCCAGUUACAGAAACUUGCAGAACAACAGUAAAUUGUCCGCAACAGUUGAAGGCCAUUUCAAACACAAGUCUCCAAUGUCCUCACCACGUGCCAACUACUUCGGGGAAUUGAAGCCACUUGAAAACUCCGAGAAAUUGAAGGAGUGUUUCUUGUCGAGGCACCCUGAUGCUGUUUGGUGGCUACCUGGUGACGAUGACAGCAAGGUACAUGAUGGCCACUGGUACGAACUAGAUGUGAGUGACGUUUAUCUCGUUGGCGGUUUUGGCGACAGAUCUUACAUUGGCUCUAUCAGCGGUGAAGAAUACCACGGUAUUUUCGAUAAGCCUCCAAAGCCACCACAUAAAGAGAAACAUCAGGAUGAUGAGGAUGACGAAGAGCGCAAAGGCUUUAAAUUUUUCAAGCAACACCGUAAACCACACCACAAGAACGACGAUGACAAUGAGGUCGAGUCGAAGAGCAAAGAUGAAUCUCAAAGAGCCAAGGGAGGUCGUAAGCAAAGGCACAAGAAGUUUGGCAAGAAGGGAGGUAAACAAGACUCUGAGUCUGCUGAACGUGAAGACAAAAAACAACUACACGAGGACAAUGCUAAUGUCAAAGAGGGUAACGUUGGGAAGCAGCAUGCCAAACCCCACGGUAUGAAGUCUGGAUGCAAGAAAUCUAACAAAGAUGGCCAAGACAACCAAGAUGAAGUGAAAUCUCAAGCUCUUGAAGGUGACAAGAAACAAUUUGAAGAACAGGACGAGAAAGAGGAAAAACAUGGUAAGUUUAAGGUCAAGAAGUUUGGAAGUAAGAAACAUGGAAAGAAAGGCAGAAACGAGAAAUCGCAGGAUCAGAACGAGAAGGGCGAGAAACAUGGCUUUGCUCACAAACCAGAACACGAAGAAAAGUCCGAGAGAAUGAAGGAUGACAGAGCGAGUUCUGAAGAGUACAAGAACCACGAGAUGAAAGAACAUCAAGGCAACAAUAAGCACGCGCAUGAUGAGGCAGACCAAUCUGAUCUCGAGAGUGUUGAUGACUUCAACCCAAAUUCAGACCGUUCUGAGCAGCAUGGGAAUGGGAAAAUUGAUAUCCCAGAUGCUGAUUUAUGGUCCGCUUUCAAGCAACUAUUUUUCAAGGUUUUGAACAAUUAUUGA